AUGAAAAUACUUGUAAUCCUUUUUCUUGGCCUGGCUUUAAUCUUAGCAUUCCUUGGCACCAUUACGAACCGUUGGUAUCAAAGUCUUUCAAAUGAUUUUCAUGAAGGUCUAUGGUUGUUUUGUCAACGAUUUUCGAGUGAUUCAUCAUCAUCAACUUCAACAAUAAACUAUUGUCGUCGACAACCCUUUGUAAAAUCUCAAGCAUUAGCAAUAUCUGGUAUGAUACUAUUAUUCAUUGCAUUUGUUUCAUCGAUCGUUUAUUUUUAUCAAAAAACCGCUCGUUUACUUGUAUAUUUCAUUAUUUUAAUAUUGGUUGCAAGUACACUCUUGCUCAUCUUCAGUUAUUUACUUUAUUCUCGAAGUCCUCAUUCACGACAACUUGGUUAUUCGAUUUAUUUUAUGUUAAUUAGUAGCAUUCUUGUACUUAUUUCAACAGCAUUGAUUACAUUUUUAGCGAAAACAGUUCGACCACCUCCACCGACUAUCCGUUUGAACUGA